CCCGCACCAAUCAAAAUGCCGCAGUCGGACAUAAAUACGGUGCCGCCAGUGUGCAAAAUAUCAAUUCACCCUGAAUUGCCUUUGUGUUCAGACGUAUUUUCUCUGAAAACAACCAUGCCUCCUAAAGCAAGUGGCAAAGCUGUCAAGAAAGCCGGCAAGGCUCAAAAGAACAUUACCAAGACCGACAAGAAGAAGAAGCGCAAGAGGAAGGAGAGCUAUGCCAUCUACAUCUACAAAGUGUUGAAGCAAGUGCACCCCGACACUGGAGUCUCCAGCAAGGCCAUGAGCAUCAUGAAUUCGUUCGUGAACGACAUCUUCGAGCGCAUCGCUGCCGAAUCUUCCCGCUUGGCCCACUACAACAAGAGGUCCACCAUCACCUCCCGGGAGAUCCAAACUGCCGUCAGGCUUCUCCUUCCUGGUGAACUCGCCAAGCACGCCGUCUCUGAAGGCACCAAGGCAGUCACCAAGUACACCAGCUCCAACAAGGCCAUGAGCAUCAUGAAUUCGUUCGUGAACGACAUCUUCGAGCGCAUCGCUGCCGAAUCUUCCCGCUUGGCCCACUACAACAAGAGGUCCACCAUCACCUCCCGGGAGAUCCAAACUGCCGUCAGGCUUCUCCUUCCUGGUGAACUCGCCAAGCACGCCGUCUCUGAAGGCACCAAGGCUGUCACCAAGUACACCAGCUCCAAGUAAAUCUUGACCACCAUUCUCAAAAAA